GGUAGCGCCACCUACCGAAGUCUUGACGAAGCAAGAAGAUAGCGAAACAGUUCUGGAAUUUUAAUACGUUAUUUACCAUGAGUGACAUAAGUGAUUUGGACAGGCAAAUAGAACAACUUCGGAGAUGCGAAAUUAUCAAAGAGAGCGAGGUGAAGGCCUUAUGCGCCAAAGCCAGAGAGAUUUUGAUUGAGGAGAGCAAUGUACAGAGGGUGGACUCGCCUGUCACAGUGUGUGGUGAUAUUCAUGGCCAGUUUUAUGACCUGAAGGAGCUGUUUAAAGUGGGAGGAGAUGUACCGGACACAAACUACUUAUUUAUGGGCGAUUUUGUGGAUAGAGGAUUUUACAGCGUAGAAACAUUUUUAUUAUUAUUAGCAUUAAAGGUGCGUUAUCCCGACAGAAUAACGCUGAUCCGUGGCAAUCACGAGAGCAGACAGAUUACACAGGUGUAUGGCUUUUAUGAUGAAUGUCUACGCAAGUAUGGCUCUAUCACAGUCUGGAGAUGCUGCACAGAAAUAUUUGAUUACCUCAGUCUUUCAGCUAUAAUUGACGGGAAGAUUUUUUGUGUUCAUGGUGGAUUGUCUCCAUCAAUACAAAACCUAGAUCAGAUACGAGCUAUUGACAGAAAACAGGAGGUCCCUCAUGAUGGACCAAUGUGUGAUCUGCUGUGGUCAGACCCUGAAGACAUGCAUGGUUGGGGCGUGAGUCCUCGAGGAGCGGGGUAUCUUUUUGGCAGUGAUGUUGUGGCCACGUUCAACGCAGCUAAUGAUAUAGACCUAAUUUGUCGUGCUCACCAGCUGGUGAUGGAGGGAUACAAAUGGCACUUCAGUGAAACUGUGCUCACUGUGUGGUCUGCUCCCAACUACUGCUACAGAUGUGGAAAUGUAGCCGCUAUAUUAGAACUGGAUGAACAUUUACAGAGGGACUUCACUAUAUUUGAGGCUGCUCCUCAGGAAACUCGAGGAAUUCCAUCCAAAAAGCCCCAACCGGAUUACUUUCUGUAAUAAGAAAUUCCCAAUUAAUGGACAAUAAGAGACCAACAGCUGCUAAGCCAAGUCCCAUGUUUCCAGCAGACAAGGCAAACCACUCAUCUGACAUUGUGCCUGCCCAAACUGACAACCGAACCAAGGGGUUGGUUAGUUGAACAUGAUUUUUGUUGAAGAUGUGUGAAUGCCUGUGCUCUGGACUGACUGUCUCGUUGGAAUAUGUGUAAUCAACACAGCCAGUAUAUUUAAAAAAAGUAACAGCUUCUUACCCCAGGUUUUUGCCGUUUGUAUGAACGAAUCAGCUGCGCAGUUUGGGAGAGUUAAGAGUGCAGGUGGCAUGUUGGAGGAAUUCGCUCCUGGCUGGUUGAAAGGAAAAUGCUCAUUCUAGGCUGGGAAACAAUCUGUAUAUCCACAAGACUGCCGCUGUGGUAUGCAGGAGCCAAACUUCACAAUGGAAUAUCGGACAAAACACAAAACUGCGUUGGAAGUUUUCCUUGUGUGGCCUAUUAGUCAGAUGUGCCAUACAGCAAACAUUUCAGUCCAACUAAGAGUUCAAACCACAUGGAAGUUUGACAUCGAUUGUAGCCAUUCCCUCAUUGACCUUCAUGUGCCUGGCUGUCACAAGAAAAAUUGGAGGGCAAAUCAAUACAGGUCAAGGGUUAUGCCUCACCAGCCUCGCAGCAUCUACAUGCAGAUCUGUACAAGGGACCAGGACAUCUGACAUCAAAACAAGUGUCAACAUUUGCAGACAAGAACUUGAUGGUUCAGAUUUUUCUCAAACUUUAUUGAGUGCCAGUAAAUAUUUAAAUAUCUGAGUCCUCUAAUUACCUGUGGGGGAUGGGGGUCAUUGCUGAAGUGUAACAUUAACAGGGUGUACAGUAUUAAAGAGUACUCAGAUCCAGGUUAACAAAACUUCAUAGGUCAAAUUUUUUUUUUUGUUAAGUGUAUUAAAGCAGCUGUGGGUCAUAGAUGGUCCCCUCCUAUCCCAUGUAUUUAUAUGUACAUUUAUAUCUGUACCCAUUCUAAACAUUUAUUUUACAAAAUUCAGAUAUCGAUAGAAAGUUGUGUAUGUAAAGUUCAUUGAUGACAGCCUUAGAUGUAUUUCAGCUAUGACUCAUAACUGCAUGGGCACUUGCAUGUAAUUAAUAUUUACAAACAUAUACAAUCAGACUUUUACUAUGACAGAAGAGGUUUUAAUGAAACCUUCUCCCUGGAUAGGAUUGUCAAAGAAAAACACCAGUGAAUUUGUGACCAUGUCAGAGCAGAAUAAUUAGUGCAACCAUCAAAAUUUUCAUGAUGAUAUGCAAAUGUUUUUAUUUUGUAGCCUUUUUGAAGUAAGAAUGCGACAUGAGCUUAUGAUCAGGGGCCAAUCCUUCAGCUUUAAUACUUCAUAUAAAGGCCAUUGUUUAUGAACAUCAGAUCUAGCUUCAUAAAACUGAAUGUACGUCAUCAUUAUGGUUGAGGGCAGUUUGAAUAAGAUCACCUUAGAAAACAGUCAAGGGGUGCGGCAGCAAGAUUCACUGUAUGAAAGUGUAGCCAUAGGUACUGAACGCGAGCUCCAUGCUACAAUAUUUGCAUCAGUCUUUCAACGCUACGAUCCCAAGGAUGGCUACAAAGUUACACAGGUAUUGUCAGUUGGAAUAUUGCUGCCUUAGCUCAUUGUGUUUAGGUUGUUUAGAUAAAGGUUUCCCUGACAUCAAAACACACAUUGGCCUUGUCAUGAUAUGGUUCCCUGGUUCAGCAAAAACCUGCACGUUUUAGUGAACUAUUUAAGAUCAAAGACAUCCCAGACCAGGGCAUCAUAUCGGAUUAUUCAGCUAUCCAGUCUACAAGCAGCAUACUUUUUAAAGAAUUGUGUAGAGACUUUAAGUCAGUUCAAAUCGCCACAGACCCUUAUGAUAUUUGCGUACACUUUGUUUUGUUUUUUAAUCUAUAAAUAUGUUAGGGUUCCCUUGUGUAAUAAGGCAAUUUUCAGGGGCUCAAAUUUUCAUAUGUGUUCAUUAAACAUAAUUCUUCAUGAAUACACACAAGCCCAAGUAAAGAGAAAGUUGUUUUUAAUUCUUACGGAAUCCAGCAUUCUUGAGACAAUAAAAUGUAUUUUUGACACAUUGAAUAAUCUUGUUUUUUUUUUUGUCUUUAUUGGUGUUU